AUGCCUGUGCGCUCCAAGGAUCGGAUGCGCACACUGUUGUGGAUCCUAGCUAUCACGACGCUGCUGUUGAUCGUGCAGCAAUACUACCGCUGGCGUCAAGGCUCAGUAGCGCCGUUCCAUGGCUGGUCAUCCACUACGUCUGAGACGGAGUCUAUGCUACCAGUGCAAUUUGAUGAAAACGGCGAGCUCGAUCUGGGUACGAUGGAGCGUAUGCUCGAUAUCCUGUACAAGCGGCCUCAAGAGAUGGAUGGCUACGAAGCAUUGGACGCCGAGGAGGGCGCGUACCGAUUCCGGAAACAGACACAGGGUGCACAUACAGACUUGUAA